AUGGCCGAGGAGGAUCCAAUGGAGACGCUUAUAGAGGAAGAACUCAGUUCUUUAUCCUUCAGCAGCGAGGACAGCGAGGACGGGUGGCGGCGUCCGACGGGGCUGCUGCUGUGGCCGGAGGAGCAGCGGCCGCUGAUGGAGCGCGAGCGGCGCCGGCCGCCGCAGGCGGUGGGCAGCUACGUGCUGGGCGACAUCCUGGGCUGCGGCGGCUACAGCAAGGUCAAGGACGCCGUGCACACCGGCACGCUCGCGCGCCGCGCCGUCAAGAUCGUCCGCAGGAGCUGCCUGCGGCGCAUCCCGUUCGGCGAGCAGAGCGUGCGGCGCGAGACGUGCCUGCUGGGGGCGCUGCGCCACCCGCACGUGCUGCGCCUGCACGAGGUGCUGGCCCAGCUGCACCCCGACAAGGCCUUCCUCGUGCUCGACUACUGCCCGCUCUCCCUGCAGGCGCUGCUCGACGCCGCGCCCGCCAACAGGCGCGUCUCUACCAAAUACCGGCAGCUCGACUAG